GAUCUUCUCGAUCCGUUAAACGCCACACCUGUAACUGAGUUCUAAAAUGAUUAAUUAAUAGUACUGAGCUGUCCAUGGAAUCAAACGUACCUGGUUGGGACACCUUCUUAUUCUUUUUCGAUUGCCACUUUUUUUAGUCAUUACCAGGUUUUAACUGACAUCACAAUUGAUAAUCCUCAGCGUAGGCUUUGAGUGUACCGGUGCUGUAUUUCAAAACCUGAAACCUGUAGUGGACUCUACAAUUCUAAAAGUAACAUUCAAUUUGGGUCAUUUCGUAAGGAUUCAGACUCUUUUGCUCUUCGGAAGGAAGAAGCGUGGAAAUGCUUGCCCCGCAGAUUUUCGCCGCCGUCACAAGUACUGUACUAGAGGCGAUUACCGGAUUCCAUAUCGGUUGGCCAUCGUCGACGUUGCCUAAGCUAUUGGAAGACACUUCUGUCCCAGUGACACAGGAUCAGGCAUCCCUGAUUGUUAGCAUGAUGGGGUUGGGCGGGAUGAUAAGCCCAAUUUGUGUAGCUCUGACGGUUGACAAAUGGGGACGAAAGACUUCAAUGAUAAUUGGAGCGAUUAUAUCGCUAAUCGCAGGUAUCAUGACCACCUUUGCUCGAAGCUAUUGGUGGUACUAUGUCGCUAGGUUUGCUAGCGGACUUGGGAUGGGAUUUACCUCUGUAGUGAUUCCAAUGUACCUCGGAGAAAUUGCACAGGACACAAGACGCGGAGGCUUGAGUAUCUUGAUGGCGGUUUUGUCUAACUCGGGAACUGUAUUAGUCUACUGUGUUGGACCUUGGAUUAGCGUGUCUGUUCUCAGUGCGUUUGGAAUACUAAUGCCACUCGUGUUUCUCUUGCUCGUUCCGUGGAUACCGGAAACACCUUACUUUUACACAAUGAAAGGUAAGCCAGAACUCGCCAGGAAGAGUCUAGAAUUCUUGAGGAGCACAACGGACAUCGGUGAGGAGAUUGGAAAAAUCGAGAAAAACGUGGAAUUUGAUCUCCAACAUGUCGGGACAUUAAAGACGCUCUUAACGGACAGGGGAAAUCGAAAGGCACUACUGCUCACCCUCGUACUCAUCGCCGCUCAACAAUUGUCCGGUAUUACAGUCAUCGCGUCUUACGGUACAACCAUCUUGAACGAAGUUGACUCCGACAUCUCUUCCAGCACUGCAAUCAUCAUAACUGGUGUCGUCCAACUCGUCGUAUCCAUCCUGGUUACUUUUUUUGCCGACAAGAUCGGCAGGAGACCUCUGCUACUUGGGUCUAUGUUUUUCAGCAUGGUAUUUCUGACAGCCCUGGCAGUGUACUUUCACUUGCAAGCUAAUGGAAACGAUGUCUCUGGAAUUUCGUGGCUACCGGCGACAGCACUAGUCAGUUUCUUAUGUGCCUUCUCCGCAGGCUUGGGAGGCGUGACUAGGUCUGUUAUCUCUGAAAUAUUCUCGUGUAACAUCAAGGCCUACGGAACGAUAAUUACUGUCGUAUGGACCUCGGUUCUUUUCACCGUAAUUUUACAACUCUACCCGACCGUAGUGAACAAUUAUGGUAUCCACAUCGCAUUUUACGGGUUCACGAUAUGCCUUGCAAUUUUUAGUAUCAUCACGUUUUUCUACCUGCCCGAAACGAAUCGAAAAUCAUUUGGUGAAAUUCAACUGAUGCUGCACAAGCGAUCCGAAUCGAAUCAGAUAAUGCAACCAGAUCCUACACCCGAAUGCACCCGAAGUAAUUCGGUAUAUUGUAUUGACAUCCAGAAUUGAAUUAACUAACCGUCUAACUCAAAGAUUACGUUUAACUUUAAAUACAAAUAACAAAAUGAACCAAAUAAAAUUUCAUUUUCGUUUC